AUGGCAUUUCUUCGGCCAUGCCCUAUUCAAGUUGUCCACAAGCAACACAACUGGAAUUACCUGUUACAUCUGCAGCGUGUUCGUGUUCUGGCCAAGUUUGGGAACAAUAGGAGCCAGGUGCAAAGAGACAUCACCAAACUGGUGAAUUCUGGGCUAGCAUCCGCUCGAAUCUCUGGCAUUGACUUUGCCACACGGAAAGUAGCAAAGAUGCUGAAGCCACAGAAAGUGAUCGAACAAGAUGGCGACAGCUUCACUAUCCAUACACUCAGCACCUUCCGGAACUACCUCAUCCAGUUUAAAGUGGGAGAAGAAUUUGAUGAGGAUACCAAAGGCCUAGAUAACAGGAAAUGCAAGAGUUUGGUCACCUGGGACAAUGACAGACUCACCUGUGUCCAGAAGGGGGAAAAGACGAACCGAGGUUGGACCCACUGGAUUGAAGGGGACGAAUUAUGCCUGGAAAUGUUCUGUGAAGGUCAAGUGUGCAAACAGAGAUUCCAAAGAGCCUGAGGGAGAAAACUAAAGCUAUGUCUAUACACCCACCCUGAGGACACUGCUGUUUUCAUUGAACCAGGACCAGACAACUUUGCAAGGGUUCAUGGAGCCCAAAGCUGUCUUUCUCUUUUUUUUCCUUUUAUCAAGGAGCUUGGGUAGAAGAUCACAGCCUCAGUCUGGUCAGUUAUAAUAAACUUUUUUUAAACCA